AUGGCCCAGUGUCUGAGCUGUGACCCAGACACAGAAUGGUCUCCUGAGGGCACCUCCAGCUGCCUCCCUAAGGACCGGCUCUUCUUCUCCUGGCAGGACCCCUUUGCCAUGGUUCUCCUGACCUUCUCUGCCCUGGGCGUCGUCCUGAAUCUGCUGGUGUCCGCUCUGUUUCUACAACAGCAGGACACUCCUGUAGUGAAGGCUGCCGGUGGGCCACUGAGCCAGGUCAUCCUGUUCUCUCUCGUCAUCAGUGACAUCAGUGCCAUGCUGUUUGUCGGCCGGCCCAACAGUCUCCAGUGUAAGGCUCGACAGGUGCUGUUUGGCGUCAGCUUCACUCUGUGUGUGUCCUGCAUCCUGGUGAAGACGCUGCACAUCCUGCUCGCCUUCCAGUUCAACCCCAAGCUGCACGAGGUUCUGCGGGGGCUGUACAAGCCGUACAUCAUCGUCGCCAUCUGUGUGAGCUUACAAGCAGCUACCUGCAUCUGCUGGCUGGUCCUCAAAAGCCCAUAUAACCACAUCGUCAAUAAUCCAACCACUCUGCUGGAGGCCUGUCACGAGGGCUCGUAUUUGGCCUUUGGGGUGAUGUUGGGCUACAUAGCUGUCUUGGCGUUCGUGUGUUUCAUCUGCGCCUUCAAAGGUCGCAAACUGCCACACCUGUACAACGAGGCCAAGUUCAUCACCUUCAGCAUGCUGCUCUACCUCAUCUCCUGGCUGCUCUUUGUCCCCGUCUACAUCACCACUUCAGGAGUCUACCUGCCGGCUGUGGAGAUGGUGGUCAUCCUCAUCUGCAACUAUGGCAUCCUCUGCUGUCAUUUCUUCCCAAAGUGCUACAUUAUUCUUUUUAAGAAGGAACAGAACACAAAUACUGCUUUUAGGAAGAAACUAUAUGAGUACUCCAAUAAAACCACAGAUGUUGUCUCUGUGUCUGUGGUGACAAACUGCAGAGAAGGGGUUACUUGCCUAAGUCUGCACAGAGUGUCAAUCACAGGACACUGCCGCGAAAGAAGCAACAGCAUAUAA